AUGCCUCGGCCCUCUCUCGCCGCCUUCCUCGCCCAGGCCCGCGCCGCCCUGACAGCGCCACGCCGCCCAAACGCGCCCCUCACCCUCGUCGUCGGCAAUGAGUCCGCAGACCUCGACUCCCUCUGCUCGGCCGUCCUCUACGCCUACCUCCGCAGCACGACACCUGCGCAGCCAACCCUCCACAUCCCUCUCUCGAACCUGCCCCGCGCCGACCUCGCCCUGCGCCCCGAGCUCACCGCCGCCCUCGCCCGUGCCCGCCUGCGUCCCUGCGACCUCCUGACCCUCGACGACCUCGCCGACACACUGACCCCCGAGUCCACACGCUGGGUCCUCGUCGACCACAACGCCCUCACUGGCACCCUCGCGGCGGGCGGCUUCGGUUCUCGUGUCGUCGGCUGCGUCGACCAUCACGCCGAUGAGCGUAGCGUGCCGGCCCGGACGGGGCGACGAGCCGCGCCUCAUCGAACACGGUGCGGGCAGCGGCGGCGAGGCCUCUGGUCGUCGAAAUGGGUGGCCGGGCCCGGCGGUGGGACGGAUGCCGCCCCCGAUGCUGGCGCCGCGUGGCUCGGUCUCGCUGCCGUCCUCGUGGACACGGCGGGGCUCAAGGCCGCCGACAAGACGACGGCGCGCGACGUGCGCGCCGUCGAGUUUCUCGAGCGCCUCGUCGUCGGCAUCGGACAGGAACAGGCCUACGGGCGCGACGCGUACCUUGGCGAGCUGUCGCGCGUCAAGGAGGACCUGUCGGGCAUGGCGCUGCGGGACGUCUGGCGGAAGGACUACAAAGCAGUGGGACGAGGGCGGCCCGCGUCCUCGGUGUGUCAGCCGUGCCGCAGGGGUUGCGCUACCUCAUCGACGAGUCGGCCGCAGGCGACCAGGACGGCCUGCUCAAAGGCGCUGAACGACUGGGUCGACGAGAGGGGCCUCGACGUCGGCGUCGUCAUGACGACGCUGCAUCCUGGCGGCGACUUUCAGCGGGAGCUCCUCGUGUGGGCCUUUAGCGAGGGCGCCGCCGACGCGGUCGAGGCGUUCGUCAAGACGAACGAGCGAGAGCUCGGUCUCGAGACGUAUGACGGCGGCAGACUUGACGAUGUCUCUAAUGGCUGGUGGCGCCGCGCGUGGAAGCAGCGGAACGUGGCGCACAGCCGGAAGAGGGUUGGGCCUAUGCUGCGCGAGGCUUUGAGAGAGAGUCCAAAGCUGUAA